UCCAUUCUCCAUUGGCUGCCUUUCCCAUAUGACCCAGCUCCUUCCAGCCAGGGAGAUUAAAACAGCUAGUUAAUUUCUUCUAUUUGCAGGAGUCAGAAACGCCUUUGGGAUCUCUGGGUUUUUAACUGUUUCUGACACAGGAGGUAGAUCACCAGCUGCCAAGAUGUCCAGCAAGAGAGCCAAGGCCAAAACCACCAAGAAGCGCCCCCAGCGUGCUACUUCCAAUGUCUUUGCCAUGUUUGACCAGUCGCAAAUCCAGGAGUUCAAGGAGGCUUUCAACAUGAUUGACCAGAACCGCGAUGGCUUCAUCGACAAGGAGGAUCUGCAUGACAUGCUGGCGUCUCUAGGGAAGAACCCCACUGACGAGUACCUGGAGGGCAUGAUGAGCGAGGCGCCGGGUCCCAUCAACUUCACCAUGUUCCUCACCAUGUUCGGAGAGAAGCUGAACGGCACCGACCCAGAAGACGUCAUCCGCAAUGCCUUUGCCUGCUUCGACGAGGACGCGACAGGUUUCAUUCACGAAGACCAUUUGCGCGAGCUGCUCACCACCAUGGGGGACAGGUUCACAGACGAGGAGGUGGACGAGAUGUACCGAGAGGCCCCCAUCGACAAGAAAGGCAACUUCAACUACGUGGAGUUCACCCGCAUCCUCAAGCACGGAGCCAAAGACAAAGACGACUAGAGCCGGGAGGCGCCCGUCCCACCUUCUGUACACAUGCUGUGCCCCUCCUCCCUGAGCACCUGUGCUGCCUCUGGCCCAGAGUCCCAGUGGGCCGACCCCAUGGAAAAUGCCUUAAAGCACAUGCUAUGAGGCGUUAACCCUGCUCUGCAUUAGGGACGAGCUGGCCCCCUCACAAAUGCCCCUCCCAGGAGAAGAUGAAUCUUCACACUCCCGUCCCUCAGCCCUUUGAGCAUGUCAACCAUUCCUAGCCUCAGUCGAUCCUGUUCACAGCAGGUCAGUCCAGAUGGCUCCCAUUCCCCCAAAGAUCUGACCUCCUGAAUUCAAGUGCUGUGUGGAGGAGGUGACCAGAGGAAAGGGGGAUAGUUACCAUGGGCUCAGCUCACCAGUGCUGUAGCAUCUGGCAAUGUGCAUAUGAUCCAUGGCCAUCCAGAGUGUAAACCCCUGAGGGGGCCUGUUGAGGUUGCUGCCUACCCCCUGGCCAUUGACUCUCUUCCCAGCGACGCCACCCCGACUCUCUCCCUUUAUUUCAGAGCAGGCUUAUUUAUACUGGAGCUACAAGUUCUGUUCUUCUAACCCACUGGGAAUCCCUCCUUGCCCUGGCCCUGCCUGCCUGGCCCCAUUCUGCACUCAUAAUAAUUUGCACUUAGAUAGCACCUUUCAUCUGAGAAUAGCAGAGCACAUGGACCCCUGUGUAUUUUCCCUGCCACGCUCCAGCCUGUCCUUGUAGUGGGGUGGACCGGGAGGGGUAGGGGUCCCUCUACUGGGUGGUGCUGGUGGUCGUGGUGGUCAGGGCUGCAUGGCAGAUGGAGCAUGCACACAAGGCAUUCUGGGGGGUGGCUUUACCAUGCAGAGAUCUUGCAAUCACACCAGCUAAGGGUGGUCAAACCAUUCUGCUGGGGAUUAACAUUUGUGCAUCUAAUUAGCCCCUCUCAAUGAGGAACAAUAAAAUCCUGCUCUGCAUUUUA